AUGGCAGAUAUCACCGGGAUAGAGGAACUUGAUGAAGAGCCUGCAUUUGAUUCUUCAUCUUCGUCUUUAUCGUCGUCAUUCUCCGCACCUGCUCCGAUUUCUGUUGCUGCAGCUGUAGAACCUUCAACAUCGUCAACGUCAUUAGAAAAUUCAUCAGAAUCACCGUCUACUUCAACAGCAACAGCUCGUCCUGCGUAUGCUGCAAACCGUCCCUGUCAUUGGUACAUGUCUGGAUACUGUCUUCGAGGAGAUUCGUGCUGGUUUUCCCAUGACCGCGCAAACGCUUUAAACAGCAACAGCAACAACACUGAUGAUGAUGACGAGCAGCGAUGUGCAAUUUGCUUUGAGGAACCAACUACGUUUGGGUUGCUUGUGUCCUGUAAUCACGCCUUUUGCCUGACAUGUAUCCGCACCUGGCGAUCCAAGGAAGUGACAGCGGAAUUCAAUGAAAACAGACCUUUCGGUGCUGAGAAUACUGCCUCGGUGACAAAAGCAUGCCCGAACUGUCGUACACCUUCACUUUAUGUGGUCCCAUCAUCCUUCUUCCCCACAUGUGCAGAACAAAAAGAGAUCAUCAUUCGAAACUACAAGGAGGCUGCAGGUCGGAAGAAAUGCAAGUAUUUCGAACGAUCUGCCGAACAGCAUUGGUGUCCCUUUGGUGAUGGGUGUUUCUUCGCUCAUCUUGACGAGAAUGGGGAGCCAUGUAAGGUCAAUCCGGAGUCAAACCCAAGACUUCAACAACAACAACGUCAACGUCAAACGGCGCGCAGAUCUCGACCUUUUCGAUAUGGAAGUAAUGGCAGAAACAGCAACACCAACAGUACUAGUUGGCGAGAACGCCAAAUAUUAAUGGAUGCGCUGGGAGAUGCCUCGGCAUCAGCAAGCGUGGAGGAUAUAGAAAGCUUCCGAGCAUUGUUAUUGCAGCUCUCACAACUUACGACAGACCUUCAAUCGGCACAGGAGAUGUUUCAUCAAAACCAACAGCAGUUCGAUCACAAUCACGAUCAUAUUAACGAUCCUGAUGAAGACGUGGAUAUAUACGCCUGGACAUUUGAUGACGACGAUGAGUAUGAUUAUGAGGAUGAAUAUGGUUAUUACUAUGAAGCUUGAUUACCUCACUAUACACAAGCCAGAAAACAAGGAGCCUUUAUCAUACAGGUUAGAAAAUGCUUGUUGACUUGCAUUUUGUAUCUGCACGACUGAGGAAAAUAAUUUGUUGUCGUUAUCCACAUAUUCACAUCAUCAUCGAUAAUUUUUUUUUUUCUUUUCUCUUGGUCUUCUG